UCUACAAGGUUUUGUGUUCCAUCUUCGAACUUAGCAAGUCUCUCUCUUUCUGUGAUCAACUCCGAAUGGAAUCUCUGAACAAUCGGUGUCCUUGUUAAUCAUUUCUCCCUUGCAAACAGUCAAAAGGUCCAAAAAAAAAAAACCUAGAUCGUAUAUUGUCUGAGAGAUAUGGCUACUCCAGGUGCUGUCACUUUUAGUGGAAAUUUGAAGAGAGCGGUUGCAGGUAUAAAGCGUAUCAACACCGAAGGUAUUCGGUGGCGAGUAUUUGACGCAAAAGGCCAGGUCCUCGGGAGGUUGGCUUCUCAAAUAUCUACUGUAAUUCAAGGCAAGGAUAAGCCAACAUACACACCUAAUCGUGAAGAUGGAGAUAUUUGCAUUGUUGUAAAUGCCAAAGAUAUUGCUGUUACUGGGAGGAAACUAACUGAUAAAUUUUACCGCUGGCAUACUGGGUAUGUUGGCCACCUCAAGGAAAGGAGUUUGAAGGAUCAACUAGUCAAAGAUCCUACAGAAGUCAUUCGAAGCGCAGUCAUGCGUAUGCUUCCUCGCAACAAAUUACGUGAUGAUAGGGAUCUCAAACUUAGGAUAUUUGCUGGAAGUGAACACCCCUUCGGUGACCGACCAAUUGAACACUUUGAGAUGCCUCCACGUCAAGUAAGGGAAUUACGUCCACGCAUAAGGCGAGCCAUGGUUCGAGCUCAAAAGAAGGCUGAGCAACAAGAAGAAAAGGGUGAUACUUCUAAAAGUGCAAGGAGAAAGAAAAAGGAAGAAGACGCUAAAACUGGAAUCACUUCAUGAGUCUGCUGGAUUGGGGGCGGUACUUCUAAAUGUUGCACUUGCGAAUCAAAAUCUCCGUGGUUAUUUGAGUUUCUUUAGCUACCAAAAUAAGAACGAGUUCUUUCUACUGAAACCUUAUUCUCAUGGAUGGAAGCUUCUUUUGUUAAAAACUUUUAUAAUUCUGCAAACACCAAUACCAAGAGUUAUCAUUUAGUCCUUUAAUUAUGAUGGGCCUAA